AUGGCAGAAAAGGAUUUGUUAAUCCAAACGGAGAAAUGGAGUAAUAUUGAGGAGAACAAUCAGCAACAAAAGUCCAGAGCUAUGUGGAUUAAAUUGGGUGACUCAAAUACUAAGUAUUUUACAGUAGUGAUGAAUGAAAGAAGGUACAAGAAACAAAUUGUAGAGCUUACUUCAGCAAAUGGAGAAAAACUUGUGGAAGUAGCUGCAAUUCAGAAGGAAACUAUUACUUUCUAUCAGUCUUUAAUGGGAACUGCAUUUCAAAGCACUAUUGCAGUAAAUAAGAAUAUUACGAAGAAAGUCAAGGAGUUCCUUCUUACUAGAAAGCUACACAAAGCAUUGAACUGCACUUCUGUCACAUUGUUGUCCAAAGUCCCUAACCCAACAUCCAUAAAGGAAUAUAGGCCAAUAACAUGUUGUAUAGUGCUCUACAAGCUUAUAGCAAAAGUGUUGGCCAAUAGAAUUGACCAGGUUUGCAAGACAACUUAUCAAAAAGUGCUUUAUAGUUUGGAGGAGUCUCGGAUGAUGUAA